UCUCAAGUGAGACGUUUCUAUCCUUUAAUCUGGAAUGACCCACACAUUAAUUCAAGGCCGCCAUGCCUUGUUGUCCAGGACUCCCGGGCUGCUGACAAGUUGUCAAUGGACACUCGGAGGCCAGCUGAAAGUACAUUAUUCAAGCUCUUCCCUGAUCUUUGUACGCAGGUUUGUAAUCUUUUUAUAUCACGAAUUUUUUAUGACGAUGAGACCGGGCACAUUUCUCUUGGGCAAACGAAUGGCAAUGGAAUUCUCUAUCCUUAAUAUUAUUUUCAACAUCUAUAUACUCUACGCUCUACCGGUUCGCGCUCAAACUGGCGUAUCAUCGGCCGUAUGGGUCGUACCAGACGGUGACACCGCGGACCUUUCUAAAACAUACACGGAGGGUAUAACUCUUCAGGUUACUUGGAACCCAGUCCCGGAGGGAUAUAAAUUUAACACACUAUCCAAUCUGUGGGUUACGACAUGGGAUUACCAGAACACACAAUUCAGUCAACUGCUCACAGGUAUGAAUAUUCACCGUUGACUGCACUCCCCCCAUUUUCACGUCUUAGUAUUCAAUUUUACACUCUGUACAUUUCCUGAUGAUUCUGAAUCCUUUAGAGAAUGUGAACACAAACAACAGUGGUACAUAUGACUGGACCAUUACAAUCCCGACGAAAAUUUUGAGCAAGGACGCAAAAUAUGUCCUCCGGUUUAAGGAUCUCAGCUCUGUGUAUAACGCGAGCUCCCAAGAGGUCUCCAGCACUGGAUUCUUGGUUAUUGAUGGAGGAUCUUCAUCGUCUUCGACAACCUCUUCUGGCCAAACAUCUUCGACAAUCUCUUCUAGUCAAACUUCUUCGUCUGCUUCAAGCACAAGUUCCGCUAGUACUGUAGCAACAUCACCGGUAACAUCGAGUGCGGGAAUCGCUACGCCAUCGGCGACGUCCUCGUCCACACCCACCUCUGAGGACAAUGACAACGGCCUGAGUGGAGGUGCAAAAGCCGGUAUUGCUGUUGGUAUAGUGGUUGCAGCUUUGUUGAUUGCCGGAUUAGCGUUUUACAUUUUCAGGCGGAGGCGCAAUGCCAAAAGUACUUCUACCAGACCUCCGACCGACCUCCUCACAGAACCUUCAGUAUAUUAUGAUCCGCCGAAGCAAUACUUUACCGGAAACACAACCAACGUAGUAGCUGAGAUUGGUGGCCGUGAAAGAGUUGAAUUGCAAGGCAGCUAGGAAAGUUUUUGGGAGACCCAGUGUGUAAAGGAAAUGUAUGGAAUGCUGUUUAUGAGUUCAAUGAUCGAUUCCAACAUCGUUAUAUGAAGGGAAAAGCGGAAGACUAUGGCAUUGUAGUCUUUUGGAGUGAUUGACGAAGCUUUUUACUUGCCUGGUUCAAUCGCAGUUUAUGUAUCUAAUACUUAUUCUUAAUUAAUACGUGAAGAUUUUCUUCUCUUACCGC